AUGAUAUCAUUACUACAGAAUCACGUAGUAGAUCUACCGUCAAUAUCUGUAUCAUUACUGAUAUCAUUAAUACAGAAUCACGUAGUAGAUCUACCAUCAAUAUCUGUAUCAUUACUACAGUAUCACGUAGUAGGUCUACCAUCAAUAUCUGUAUCAUUACUGAUAUCAUUAAGUCUACAGAAUCACGUAGUAGAUCUACCAUCAAUAUCUGUCAUUACUGAUAUCAUUAAGUCUACAGUAUCACGUAGUAGAUCUACCAUCAAUAUCUGUAUCAUUACUGAUAUCCUUACUACAGUAUCACGUAGUAGAUCUACCAUCAAUAUCUGUAUCAUUAAGUCUACAGUAUCACGUAGUAGAUCUACCUUCAAUAUCUGUAUCAUUACUGAUAUCCUUACUACAGUAUCACGUAGUAGAUCUACCAUCAAUAUCUGUAUCAUUAAGUCUACAGUAUCACGUAGUAGAUCUACCUUCAAUAUCUGUAUCAUUACUGACACUUUUUGUCUUGUGAUAUCACAUUUAACCUGUAUCAUUACUGAUAUCUACAGCAAUGUCAAUACUGACCUCUACAGUAACUCUACCCUAGCAUCAAUACAUGUAUCAUUACUGAAAUCUUCUGUACUGUGUACUCUUGUAUCACCUAUCAUUAUUACCUGUAUCAUUACUGAUCUGUACCGUCCUCCAGACUGGUAUCACCCACCAUCAACACCUGAAUCUUUACUGUGUUCAUGGGUACAUAACUGA